AUGGCGACCCAGAGCAUUAUCGACGUCCAAUUCACGGAUGCUUUCAACGAGGCUAAAGCGCUUUACGAUGCUGACCGUCUUGACGAGUGUAUUGCGAAGGCUCGUGAGCUGCUUGAAGAUCCUGCUAUACCCCGCUACCACCAAAUCAAAACACUCAUACUAUUGGGAUCGACUCUAGGAGAAUGGAGCGAUGCAAAUUCAUGCCUUGUGGACGCAGAGGCAUUAUGGGCGUUAACUCGCCGCUGGCAUCCUGAGGGUGAGGAUAAAGACGUGGAUAUCUUCAUGGCUGAAAUCCGCACUUCACUAGAUGAGCUGGCAGGAGUCUUGCGCGAAGAGGAACCUGAGGAUUACGACAUGGACGACGCUAUCGAGGAAGUUCUGCAUGAACAUGACGAGCAGGUCGCAGACGCCCAGAUGAUGAUGGAGGACCUAGAUCUUGAUCAGGACAGCCACGAAGAGACGGGGAAGAUUCCUCAGUCAGGAGCUGUUGAAGUCGAUACCAAGGGUGGCAUCGAACUCCCGCUUCAGGUCAACUCCGUCAUCAGCCGUCUCUGCGCGACCUCGCUGGUCAACGCGGUCCUGGUCAACUUCGUGCCCAGCCGUCUCUGCGCGACCUCGCUGGUCAACGCGGUCCUGGUCAACUUCGUGCCCAGCCGUCUCUGCGCGACCUCGCUGGUCAACGCGGUCCUGGUCAACUUCGUGCCCAGCCGUCUCUGCGCGACCUCGCUGGUCAACGCGGUCCUGGUCAACUUCGUGCCCAGCCAUCCCUGCGCGAUCUUUCCUCUGACUGGAGAGAUCUGA